AUGGCUUCCAGCCGCUUCCCCGCAGCCACAGACCAGUGGGAGAAGAUGUCCAUGCCCGUGUGCUAUCCAGAGAAGAACACUGGCAAGUGGCGGUUGUUCCUCAACUUCACAAAGCGGAAGGGAGACAAGGCGAAAAGACAGCAGCGUUCACGGUUUGCUUCUCGAGAGGCAGCGCUUGCCGGCGUCUUGGACUUCAGGACAGGCUGGGAGUACAACCAUCGCGGCAAGCUCUACAAGCGCACGAUGAGAGAUCCAGUCCUAUUCUCAGCAGCUGUGGCGGCAGCGGCUGCGCUUCCAGCAGGCAAGUCCCUCGGCAAGCUAAACGCCGUGGAGGAAAGGAAGUUCAAGCGACAGCGGCUGGCCGGUUCGGACGCGACCCGCGCAGGCUUCACGCUAGAGUCGACGCUUUCCAGGCGCGAGAGGCGUUCGGUGGCCCGGGGCUGGAGCAAGAGGGAAGGAAAGCUUCGACGGGACUUCGACAAGCGGGGCUCCUAUCUCGGCAACCGGAUCUACGAGCUGACAUCGCAGAUCGAGAGCAACGAGCAGCACAUUCGGCGUAUUGAGGAAGCUAUGGCGGAGCAAGACCUCGCGAAUCUUCUCGCCCCUCUCCCCCCCUCGCCCAUCGAAGGAAAUGCAGACGUGGACGCACGGGCGUGUACCGAGGGCGAGGACAACCAGUACAAGGAGGAAGUGUCCGCCACCCAAGCAAACCGCUUGUGGUAUCAAGGGCACUCGGCGUUGACGGUGUUGAAGGAGGAGCGGAAGCACGACCUGUGNCAGCACAUUCGGCGUAUUGAGGAAGCUAUGGCGGAGCAAGACCUCGCGAAUCUUCUCGCCCCCCUCCCCCCCUCGCCCAUCGAAGGAAAUGCAGACGUGGACGCACGGGCGUGUACCGAGGGCGAGGACAACCAGUACAAGGAGGAAGUGUCCGCCACCCAAGCAAACCGCUUGUGGUAUCAAGGGCACUCGGCGUUGACGGUGUUGAAGGAGGAGCGGAAGCGCGACCUGCGGCAACUGCAACUCACGCAGCAGGCGAAGAGCUUGUCCGAUGAGUCGUACACGACGAUCCCAGCGGUGAAGGCAGCAGAGGCCAAACGGUUUGAGCUGUUGAACGAGGCCUCGCGUCUUCGACACGAGUCGUCGCUCUUGCGGAUCGCGGCGAGAGUAAACUCCGCUGGCUCACGGGUUUACGCGGCAUCGACAAUCCUGGGGUGGCUCAGGGACUUUCGGGGGCACGGUGGUUUCAAGCGAGAUUCAAGGGGGGUGCACGAGAGGGACUGGAUCAUGUCGGAAGAGGACCUCAAGGAUGAGCUCAUCAAGUGGAUGAGGACACAGAAGCGCCUUACGGCCAAGGACGUGAACCUUCCCGUGUCCAUGGCCACAACCCACUCCUGGAUGAUCGCGCUGGGGUGCAAGUACGAGCGGGCUACGAAGUCUUUCUACACGGACGGCCACGAGAAGAAGGACGUGGUGGUGUACCGCGGCAAGUACAUCGACGUGAAGCGGAAGCUCGCCCUUCGGCAACCGUUGUGGGUGCGAGUUCAACGAGACACUCUGACGCCGGAGGAGCUUCAGCGGCUUGACGGCAUCAAAGGUCCGGCAAAGGAUUUCUGCGCAGAGGUUUACGAUUGCGUGGUAGAGGGGCGCGAGUGCAUCGAGUUCCACGUCGAUCUCCUGCGGGACAACGGCUCCGUCGAUCGAUUCGACGAUCUCCGUGCUGAACUUGGACCGGAAGGGGGGCACUUCAGCGUCCGCUUCGAAGAAGCUGCUGCUCUUCCAUGCGAGCAUUUUCACACCCCGGCCAAGUGCAAAUGCAACAGGAAGGUGCGCCACAUCGGACAGGACGAGAGUGUCUACAAGGCGUAUGCACGCGAGGGCAAGGAGUGGGUUGUCCAAGGGGUACGCGGGUUACGUAAAAAAACCGAGGGCCCGGGAGAGAUGGUGUCUGCCUUUCAAGAUGAGAGGCACGGCUUUGGCUUGCCGUUGACGGACGACGUGCUGCAGGCGGUGAACGCGCGUCGCAAGGAGAAGGGCAAGGAAGUCCUGACACGAAGCCCUGGCCUGCGGUUUCUCCAGUACGGGAAGAACAAGGAUGGAUACUGGGGAUACGACGAGUUCAAGGAACAGAUGGAGGACGCCUUGGACGUCUUGGACGUCUUCGAACCCGACAUGCAAGUGGUGGUUGAGAUCGACCACUCGUCGGGGCACACAAGGCAGCGGGAGGAUGGAUUGCAUGUGGGGAACAUGAAUGUCAAGUACGGGGGGAAGCAAAAGGUGUUGCGGGAUACAGUCAUGACAGAGGGGUGUUUGGGACCGGAAGAGGCGAAGAUGUACCUCUCCAACGGUAAGUGGAGCACGGAGUUCACCGAGGGGGCAGAGGUCUACGACAUGAAGCUCAAGGCGAUGAAGGGGCGGCUGAUGGGGCUGGAACAAAGCCUAGGAUAA